UACGUCAUCCUUUACUGAUUAUACGUAGGAGGCUAAGACUAUAAAUAACACAAACUUUCACCGAUAUCGUUAUAUUGAACAACUGCAAUCAAAACUCACAAUAUGAUUCGUUUUGCUAUUCUCCUAACAGUCACGUGCGGAAUGUUAACACCCAGGUCGAGUGGUUUUUCCGUCCUCAGACAGGAACCAGAAUGUCGGCCACAACGACCAACAGUUGUGACAGAUCAGUCCGGUCAGCCAUUGAUCACAUGCUCUAACAACAGCACGGUCGCUACGCUUUCUUGUCGUGUAGACUUCCAUUGUCACGAACACUUAUUGAUAGACCUUGUAUGGGUGGGCUUCUUUGCUCAAACCACCAAUCACCAGGCGAACGAUGAGAAGGAAACGGAAAAUCGGACAACGGAAAUUAAUUACCAAGGUUAUGCACUGGAGACGGAACCAAGAUACAGGUCGACGACACGCAGAAUAGAAGGCGAAGGCCAUGUACUAGAGGCGUUGUUGGAGAUCACUUCAGUGACAGCGGAGGAUUACAACAGAAGGUUUAAGUGUGUGGUAGUCACAGAAUACAACUAUGAAGCAAUGGGGAAAACGCCACCUGAUAUUCAAAGCCAUCUCUGUUCCAGUACCCAUCUGACACCAAAUUAUCAAUAUUUAUCAGCCAAAAACUCAGCAGGAACUCUAGCCAGUAUUGGAAGUUUGUUCCUUAUGGUCCUGUGGAGCAUCGAGUUAAAAUACGUCUGAGAUAUGUCAAAUACCUUGUCAAAUUAUUUGUUGUAUAAACAUGUUGUUUUAACAAUAAUGGGGUGACGGAUUAUGUUUUGUUUAUCACAUGAUCGCUGAGUUAUUAAGAGGAUGUGGCAGUUUUUCAUUAAACUGUUAUGUGGCAUGUUGUAAUAUUAGAAGAUAGAUAUGAAAACUGUAAAGUCCUGUCGAAUCAUAGGAUAUGUGGCUGAUUUUAAGGUUUUUUCGCUGACAUAUUGAUUUUUACAACAAAAUUUCUAUAUAUAUAUAUAUAUAUAUUUAUUUCUUAAUGUAUUUUUACACUUUUAAUUCAUGUGCAAUCAAUGUUUACAAUAUUACCUGUUAACUGAGUAUUUGAUGUUAUAUA